AUGAUCCUGCAGUUCUGGGCCUCCUGUCUUUUUCCCCUAUUCCUGGUCGGCUUCACUCAGCAGACUCUGAAGCCAGAAAAUAUGAAGAUGGAUUGCAACAAAGGGGUGACAGGCACCAUCUAUGAGUAUGGAGCCCUCACCCUUGAUGGCGAGUACAUCCAGUUCAAGCAGUAUGCAGGCAUGAACGUCCUCUUUGUCAAUGUGGCCACCUAUUGAGGCUUGACAGUUCAGUAUCGUGAAUUGAAUGCACUACAGGAGGAACUGAGGAAUUUUGGUGUCAUUGUGUUGGGCUUUCCCUGCAACCAGUUUGGAAAACAAGAACCAGGAAAGAACUCAGAGAUCCUUUCUGGGCUCAAGUACGUGCGUCCAGGUGGAGGCUUUGUCCCCAAUUUCCUGCUCUUUGAAAAAGGGGAUGUGAAUGGAGAAAAUGAACAGAAGGUCUUUACUUUCCUUAAGAACUCCUGCCCUCCAACCUCUGAUCUUUUGGGCUCAUCAAGCCAACUCUUCUGGGAGCCCAUGAAGGUCCAUGACAUCCGCUGGAACUUUGAGAAGUUCCUGGUGGGGCCCAGUGGAGUCCCUGUCAUGCGCUGGUUCCACCGGGCUCCCAUCAGCACAGUCAAAUCGGACAUCCUAGAGUACAUAAAACACACUAAUACCCAGUAG